AUGGUCCAGUUUUCGGAAGAGACCAAAGAGCGCAUCUCUAAGAUCAUCGACAUCACGCGCGAGGUGGUCCACUAUGGCUAUCUCCCUCUGAUACUCUACCUGGGUUAUACGCGAAGUGAACCAAAACCGGCCUUGAUCAGGUAUCCUCCUUCCAGAUUACCAGCUUCUGACCAGGACUGA